AUGACAAAUGAUUCAAUCACUAAGAGAGAAGAUCCUGGAGCAUUCACAAUCCCGUGCACGAUUGGCAUGCUCCAAUUUGCUAAAGCCUUGUGCGAUUUAGGAGCAAGUAUCAACUUGAUGCCCUAUGCAAUAUACAAGCAACUUGGUUUGGGUGAACCAAAGGCAACCACAAUGAGACUCCUCAUGGUUGAUCUAGAAUGUGAGAUCGAUGCUGAAAUUCCCAUUGUUUCGGGAAGGCCAUUCUUAGCUACCGGGAGAGCAUUGGUGGAUGUCGAAAGCGAAAAAUUGAAGUUCCGUGUGAAUGAUGAUGAAGUGACCUUCAAUAUUUGUAAGUCCAUGAAGCAACCAAGUAACAUCCAUAUGGUGUCCACUGAGGAUGUGAUAGAUAAGGCAAUGGCAAGUAUGAGUCAUUUAAUGCGCAAGAAUGAUCCCAUUGAAUUUGUGCUUGCUAAUUAUGAUGACUCCAAAGUUCAGGGUUACGAGGAAGUGGUAGCUGCUUUAUCAAGAUUAGGAUCAUAUUCAAGGAAUCCAAUCAAAUUGGAUAUCGAUUUGAAAAAUAGAGAAAGUCCCCCUGCUAAACCAUCAACAGAAAAACCACCGAAUUUAGAGUUAAAAGCCCUACCCUCUCAUCUCAAAUAUGCCUUCUUAGGAGCCAAUAAUACUCUACCGGUAAUUAUCACCGCCAAUCUGCUUGAAGGGCAGGUGAAAUUGCUCAUUAAAGUACUUCGAAAGCAUAUAAAAGCUAUUGGAUGGGCAACGAUAUAG